AGCAGCAGGCUCUGGGUCGUCACAGCACACCCAAAACUCUCUGACUCUGUUCUGUCCUGUUCUCUUUCCCAGAAUUCUCACAGGACGGGCAGCCAGCUAACAUUUCCGGCUAAACUCCACCAGCCAAUCAACAGACGCUGUGACCGGGGCAAAGUCCUUUGUCAGUUCACCUACCUACUCUCUUUCUCCCUCCUUCCCCCUCUCCCUCUGUAGCUCUCUGACAGGUCUAGAGUUACACCCUAUUUCCUGAGUAUUACCUGUCCAGGUGAAGCUGCUUUGCCUGAAGUGAACAUCGCUCAGUGAGUCCUGCAAGCUCUUGUGCCUGUAGUCGGAACUGUACCGACUGUACUGGAUGUUGUAUCACUGUUACUUGCUAAAGUUUGACUUGCUACAAGCACCAUACCAAGCCCCCAUUGUCCAAGAGCCCUCUUCAUGAGUAGCCAGGGGGAGUUUGAUUUGGCUGAGGUGCCUGAUGUUGCCAUGGUGAUGGCGAUGGCACCAGCACCCCCACAACAACUCCCAUCACCUGCAACGAUUGGCUACGGCGGUUUGGAGUCCCCUCCCCCGGAGCUGUGCCAGGCAUGCGGCCAGAGACAUCUCCUUGAGGAGAACCAUGAGUACCUGUACCGAGGCGAGGUGGACGAUGACCUCAUCUGUCACAUCUGUUUGCAGCCGUUUAUCAGGCCGCUGGACACGCCCUGUGGACACACCUACUGCCAGGAGUGUCUGACCAGCUUCCUGCUGGAGAGUGACUUCUGCCCCGUGGACCGCACCCAUCUCAUGCUGCAGAACUGCCGCAAGUCCAGCCUGCUGGUGCACAAGCUACUGGACAAGCUGGCCGUGGCCUGUCCCUUCACUGACCACUGCACUGAUGCCCUGCCCCGGGGGGAGAUGGAGGGACACAUCAAGAACAGGUGUAAAGGGGCGUCUCACUAUGGCCUGUCUGCCGACAGGAAGCGACGUUCCCAGGAGGGGGACUGCACUGACAGCACGUCAGAACUCACUGUGGCCACCCUGCCCGGCGAUGGCCCCACCUCCUCCGCGGUCGCUCUCCUAUCAGACGAGCCCGGCCUCGUCAACCCUGCCUUCGACCCCAGCAUGGAGGACAACAGCCAAUCAGGAAGCACCACAAGCCUGGCAGCCCGCAGCAGUUCCAAGAAGAUCCGAAACUAUGACCGCACCUCGGUCAGGAGCCGCUCCUUCAGGCGGUUGAACCGUGCUUUCAGUGUCUUGCGGAGGACCAAGAGUGGCACUUCCGUGUCCAAUGAGACCGCAGAGGAACAAGAUAAUGCCAGGAACGCCAGUGUGCCCCAGGAAGUGCUGGCUCUACCGCAGCUCCAUCACUUGAUCCCUGAUGGUGAGGUUACCAGUAUUAAGAUCAACCGUGAGCCCUCAGAACCCCUGGCCAUCAGCAUUGUGGGGGGCAACGAGACUCCUCUGGUGCGUAUCCUCAUCCAGGACAUCUACAGGGAGGGGGUUAUUGCCCGGGAUGGACGCCUGCUGCCCGGGGACAUUAUCCUCAAGGUGAACGGCAUAGACAUCAGCAAUGUUCCCCACUGCUACGCCCUGGCCACCCUCAAACAGCCCUGCCAGCUGCUGCGACUCACAGUGCUGAGAGAGCAGCGUCACCGCUACCGUUCACACCCCCACGAUGCGGCCGGUGGCUACCUGCCUCACGGCCUCUCCCACGGCCAUCCCCUGAGAGAUGACAGUAUCCAUGUGGUCCUGGCUAAGAGCACCCCAGAGGAGCAGCUGGGCAUCAAGCUGGUGAGACGACCAGAGGGACAUGGUGUCUUCAUCUUCCACCUGCUGGAGGGCGGCCUGGCGGCACACGACGGGCAGCUCAGCGUCAACGACCGCGUCCUCGCCAUCAACGGACAUGACCUGCGCUACGGAGCGCCUGAACAUGCCGCUUUGCUCAUCCAGGCAAGUGAGGAGCGGGUCCACUUCAUUGUAUCUCGUCAGAUCUGUCUGCCUAACCCUGACAUCCUGCAGGAGGCUCCAUGGGGCAUGGAAGGCCCCCCACCAUACUCUCCAGUGGACAUGGAACACACGCUACUGGACUCAUGUGAGAAGCCGGCGUGUUAUGAGAAGACGGUGACGCUGUCCAAGGAGCCCCAUCACUCCCUGGGGAUGACGGUGGCAGGGGGAAUGUCCUCCCGUGGCUGGGAUCUCCCGGUCUACGUCACUAAUGUGGACUCCAACGGAGUAGUGGGACAGGAGGGAACCAUCCGCAAAGGUGACAUCCUGCUGAAUGUGAACGGGCUGGACCUGACGGGUGUGACGCGGGGCGAGGCUGUGGCCAACCUAAAGAACACCACCUCCCCUGUGGUGCUCAAGGUCCUGGAGAUGAGGCCUCCAGAGGAAAUCCAGCCAGAGUGCCCCUCGCCCCCCUGCCUCUCACCCUCGCCCACUGACAGCACCAAGCAGAGCCUCGCCACGCUGCCCCACACCGAUGACUACUCCCCAUUGUGGGUGUCAUGGCUGCAGUUGCCCAGGCACCUGUACUGCUGCAAAGAUAUUGUGCUGCGCCGGAGCGCCUCUGGCAGCCUAGGCUUCAGCAUCGUGGGGGGGCAGGAGGAAGUCAACUGCAAUCAGUCCUUCUUCAUCCGCUCCAUCGUGGAGGGCACGCCAGCCUACAACGAUGGCAGGAUACGGUGUGGGGACAUUCUACUGGAGGUGAACGGAAAGAGUACGUGGGGGAUGACCCACACAGCCCUGGUGCGUCUACUGAAGGAGCUGCGGGGCAGAAUCACCCUGACCAUCGUAUCCUGGCCAGGCAGCCUGCUGUAGCCCUGCUGCAGUCGCAGAGCCAUGGGGAGGGGCCAACACUGACCAAGAAUGUGGGUGGAGCUUUAGACUGGCCUAUAAUGCUGACCCGUACCUUAUGGGAUGGGCUUACACUAGUGAUGUAGCUAUGGAAGGCGGACCUUAGAACCCUGACUCCCGAUGGAUAGCUGAGACUUUGGGGAGUUCAGAGGGGGCCAAUCACCAUGUGACAGGAGUUUGCCCAAACCCCCCCGAGACACUGAGCUGCGAGGAUGUGGAUCUGUGGCCCCACCCCUGGUGGGUGGGUGGAUGGGGAAACAUUAGUUCUAUGUUAGAGUAUGCAUUUAAUUGGACUCGCAUUUCUUUACUGUAACUGUUGGAUGUGAAAAAAAAAUACUGAUUCAAGUACCGUUUCUCUUUCUUUUCACGUUUGUUUGAUGGCCUUUGAAUAUAUUCUUCGUUAUGUUUGUACUGACAGUGGCUUUAAUGUUCAUCUGUUGAGACUGAGGACACAUUGCCAAGUAGUCGUCUGUGUUGAGAUGUUUUCAGAAGCUGUUGCUAAAUUAUCAAACCACAGGCAAAAAAAGUAGAGUAAAAAAUAAAGUAAAAAUGUGUUCAUAAUCUGUUAAAAGUAAUAUUAAGGUACAACUGUGGAGGCCUUACUGAUUUUACUACUUUUGAGAAGAAAAAAAACAAACUGACUUGGUUUCUGUGUGUGUUUCCGUGGAUGAGUCUGGUCUAGGACCAUCGAACACAGUUCUGUCUCACGCAUCAGCCUACGUAGUAUAUCUGAUGGUACCUUUGGUAAAAUAAUCAAUAAAGUCAUUUGAAAAG